CAGCAAAAUGGCGGCUGCACCGUCUAGUUUGGGGACACAAAUCCGUGAAGAACUGUCCUGCAGCAUCUGCCUGGAGCUGUUCACCAGGCCCAAGGUGCUGCCCUGUCAGCACACCUUCUGUCAGGGCUGCCUACAGGGUGUUGCAGGGUGGGGAGGGACCUUCUGGUGCCCAAUCUGUCGUCGUCAGGUCAGGCUGCCACCCCGGGGGGUCGCAGGUUUGCCAGACAAUCUCAUGGCAGCAAACAUGUGUGAGAAGUUCCAACAACAAGCUACAACAUCAGAGGAAACAAGGCAGCAACCCCAGUCUGCAAACAGGUGCUUUUUUCACCCUACUGAAGUGUACAGAAUAUACUGUAAACAAUGUCAGAUGCCAGUUUGUGACGAGUGCAUAGAGGGGGCUCAUAAUGGUCAUCUUCUAACAACCAUCAAAAAAGCUGGACAGGAAAGCAGACCUACAGUCCAGGCCUUGAUCCAUGAGGGGAGGAACAUUCUGGAAAGUUACUGUGGCUUCAUCAGAGGUCUGAGAGAGACUGAAAAAAUCCUGAAUGAACAGAAACAGCAGACAGACAAUGCUAUCACUCAGGCUUGCAAUGAACUCUUGGCAAAAGUGGAACAAAAUCACACGAAAAACUUGGAGAAAAUACAGACUGAAAGGGACCGAGUGUUGGCAAAUGUCAAUGAACUGUCUGCUGCCUGUGAUCGAGCAGAACAAGAACUGCAGCAGGGAGGGGUCGAGAUUCUCGGUCAGCAAACCGCUCUGACAGAGGUGGUAGGAAAGUACAGAGGAAAAGCAGCACCAACUCCUGUACAAACCCAGCCUGCUGUCUUUCAGCCCACAGACACCCCCGUGCCAGUAUUGGGACAUGUGACGGUCCAGUCUCUCCCAUCUGCACCAAUCCCAGCAGCACUUGCAGCAAGGGGCACAGGUCAUCACCAUGGUAACCAAAGGCAAGAGGAGCAUCAGCCUCAGAAGGUGACAUUUGGUGGACUGGGAUCAGGAACAGGACAUGUACAGUUCAGGCGUCCAUGGGGUGUCACAGUGUCAGAUGAAGGGGAGAUUUUUGUAGUAGGGAGGGGGAACCUGAGAAUCCAAGUCUUCACCCUGCAGGGAACGUUUGUACGACAGUUCCCAGCAGUCGUGUCAGGUGAACAGGAGAUGUACCCAUAUGAUAUGGCCAUGGACGGGGAGGGGAACCUGUGGGUAGUGGGGCGAGUGUGGGUGGGGUACACAUACUCUGCUAACUUUGCUGUACAGUUCAACAAACAGGGCAGCGUGCUGAGGAAGAUUGACCUACAGGAGACAGGGUGGCCCAGAGGAGUUGCCGUGGACACCAGGAGGAACCACAUCCUCAUCACACAAACCACAGGAGACAGGGACAACCGACAUGGUGAAGUUUUGGUGUUCAGGCCAGAUGGAACACUUGUGGGAACUGGCGGUCAGCAGCAGGGGAUGAAGGGACCACAGUACAUCACUGUGGACAGGGAAGGGAACAUUCUUGUGUCAGACAAGGACAAUCACCGUGUCUUUGUGUACAGCUUUGAGGACGGACAGUUUCUGUUCCAGUUUGGAGGCAGGGGAAGUGGUGAAGGUCGGCUAAAGCAUCCCCAUGGCAUCUGUACAGACAGGACAGGUAACAUCAUCGUGGCAGACUGGGGAAAUGACCGUGUGGAGAUGUUUGACAAGACAGGAAAAUUCCUCAAACACAUCACUACAGACAUGGUGAGGCCACAGGCUGUUGCCAUGGCAACACAGGGACAGCUGGUAGUAACUAAUCAUAUGGAGGACAAAGUCAGCAUAUUCCAGAACUUCUGAAUCUAAGUGAGGUGAUUAAAAAAUCUUAAAGCAAACAAUUUAGUCUAUUAGUAAACCAAUCUGUAAGAAUAUCAAUGUGUAAACUCUGUUGUUUAAUAUAAAGCUUUUUACUUUAGCACAGGUAACUAUCUGGUAGAAAGAAUUCAUCUUAAAAUAAACU